UCAUGCUGCUGCCAGGUCCAGAGUGUCUCAUGGGUCCCUGUACGGCCUCCCAUUGCUGCUGUCUCCAUCGCCACACUCUGCCAUGUGCCACUUUCAGGUCUCCUCACACUGCUGGUGGGUUCCAUUUUGUCAUAGGGUGCUGGCAGAUUACGGGCCUCCCAUUGCUGCUGCCAGGCCCCUAAUCUGCCAUGGGCCCCUGUACCGCCUCCUCAUGCUGCUGCCAGGUCCAGAGUGUCUCAUGGGUCCCUGUACGGCCUCCCAUUGCUGCUGUCUCCAUCGCCACACUCUG